AUGGUGUCAGAAGGAUGGCAAGGAGACUAUUAUGGAGCUAUAUUAACAACAAUGAACAUAAUAAACCAAUUAAUGAUUCUAUCUGUGACCGGAUAUCUAUUCUACUUGACUGGUUUAAUUGUAUCGACAUUGAAUAUUCACAUUGGACUUUGUACAGUUGGGUACGUUCUAUUAAUGUCCGAAGCACUGAUGGUUAUGACCGAGGAAAAUGUUUGGUCACGUCGAUUUUCACGACGUGGAAUUCACAAUAUCCAUUGGAAUUUACAACUACUCGGUGGCGCUUUUAGUACGGCUGGCGUAAUUGUUAUGUUUAAAAGCACUGAAAAUCAUUUUAAAUCUACUCAUGCAAUCUUAGGAAUAACGUCGAUUAUACUCAUGUGUAUUCUAUCUUUUUUGGGAAUCACCGUAGUCUAUGCCGUAAAAUUAAGGAGUUUUAUACCGCCAGUUAUCUCAAAAUUUAUUCACAAUUUCCUUGGAAUUGCUUCUUUUCUCACUGGAAUGCUUGCACAAUGUUAUAGUUAUAAUAAAAAUUGGUUUAUUAAAAAUGCCGGGAAUGAAAUAAGAACUUUAUGUAUCGUAUUUACUGCG